UAACAACAAUAAUAAUAACAAUAACAACAACAACAACAACAACAACAACAACAACAUAGGGGGGUUGAGCGUGCUGGACACGUUGAAGAGCCCGUUCCGGUUCGACGAUAGAACGCAUCCGUUUCGAUUCAGCGACGAGUUCGGGCCAACGGGGAUGCCCGUGAGACUGGGCGAGUCCCUGAUCCCGAAGGGGGAUCCGAUGGAGGCGAGGCUGCAAGACAUGCUCCGGUACAACAUGGACAAGUACGCGUCGCAGAAUCUGGACACGUUGCACAUAGCGAGGAAGGUGAGGGAGCUGUUGUCGAUACACAACAUCGGGCAGAGGUUGUUCGCCAAGUACAUACUCGGGCUGAGCCAGGGUACGGUGAGCGAGUUGCUGAGCAAACCGAAACCGUGGGACAAACUGACGGAGAAGGGGCGAGACAGCUACAGGAAGAUGCACGGGUGGGCGUGCGACGAAAACGCUGUAAUGCUGCUUAAAUCUCUGAUACCGAAGAAAGAGUAUGUUUCAGGCAAGGAGCAGGGAAUGCCAGCGUUCGCGCGUGGCCCACAGGAAGGUGGCCCACCUGAGAUGAGUGACGAGAGGUUGGCGCACAUUCUCUCGGAAUCGGGCCACUUACAAAUGAGAAGUGAGCACGAGGUGUCGAACGACGCGGACAGCAAAAGUCCUAAUAGAAUCGGUUGUCCGAGCCCGUUUAACAAAGAGAGGCUCGACAGUCAAAAUAGGAGACUGAAGAAAUACGAGAACGAUGACAUUCCGCAAGAGCAGGUAGUGAGGAUUUAUCAGGAGGAGCUGGCCAAAAUAAUGGGGAGAAAGGUGGAGGAUACGCGUGGACCCAGAGAGUUUUCUUCCAGUGGCGCGAUGUUCACGCACUUUUUCAGCGGCACGCAGGAGGAUUUCCGGCUGGCACUUGGCGCGUACCACCGUGAAAUGCAGAAACUGAACGCCACACCGGGUCAGAGCCCUUCGCUCAGCGGACUGCCGGGAUUGGCCGGGCUGCCCGGCCUGUUGGCGCUUCAGCAGCAAGCGCUUCAGCAGCACCACCUGGCGACGAACGGCGGAGGCGUCCAAGAUCUGAGCCUGGGCAAGGUGCAAGAUCCGAGGGGAAAGAUGAUAAACGGUGUUACGGAGGAGGAGAAGGAGAAGAUGGAGGAAGCGAUGAGACACGCGGGUAGCGCUUUCUCGCUGGUGAGGCCGAAACAGGAAGCUUCAACGGCGCCACAGUCGACGCCAGGUGGAUCCAGCGCGAGUUCGCCUCUCGGCAACUCGAUACUUCCACCGGCUAUGACACCUAGCGAGGAGUUUUCGAGUGCAGCGGCGGCUAGCCCUCUUCAGAGGAUGGCCUCCAUCACGAAUAGUCUGAUCAGUCAACCGUCCACGCCUACUCACCACACGGCCAACCAGAGGCCGCUGAAAGCGGUACUUCCACCCAUCACUCAACAACAGUUCGACCUGUACAAUAACUUGAAUACGGAGGAUAUAGUUAAGAGAGUGAAGGAACAAUUGUCUCAGUAUUCCAUCUCCCAACGUUUGUUCGGCGAAUCCGUGUUGGGCUUGUCUCAAGGAUCCGUCUCCGACCUGUUGGCGCGUCCCAAACCGUGGCACAUGCUGACGCAGAAGGGCCGCGAGCCUUUCAUCAGGAUGAAGAUGUUCCUCGAGGACGACAACGCGGUUCACAAAUUGGUGGCCAGCCAAUACAAGAUCGCCCCUGAGAAGCUGAUGAGGACCGGCGGCUACGGUGGCCUGCCUCCCUGCGGAACGCCGAUGAAGCCCAUGCCUCCCACGAAACUGGUCCAGGAACAGCUUCAAAAUGCGGCGAAGGCGCAGGCAGCGGCGCAGGCGGCUGCCCAGGCAGCGUUGCUGAGCAAGCCCAAGCCUUGGCACAUGCUGAGCAUAAAGGGACGGGAACCGUUCAUCAGGAUGCAAUUAUGGUUAUCCGACGCUCACAACGUCGACCGGUUACAGGCGCUGAAGAACGAGCGCAGGGAGGCGAACAAGAGGCGGCGCAGCAGCGGNGACGCAGCAGUCCACCGAGCUUGGCAGCCCCAAGGAAAGCGUGGUGAAACACGAGCCGGAAGAAACGUGGGAUUAUUAAAUCGGCCGAUCGAGAUCGAGAGUCUUUGUGUCCGCUGUUUUUUCGUGAUAUCCGUUUUCUGCGUGGACUACGGCCUAGUUAAGUUCGUAGAGAGGGGGAAAGAAAAACCAGUCAUAGGAUUCGACCAGGCCUGGUUGGUCGAUUCCUGCCUACCACGAGGGCAUUAUCAAUAG